CACACAAGUCAGUAAAUGUGCGCAUCAUUUGCAUCCGGGCAUUCUGUCGAGAUGGUCAUGGCGGAGGGUACUGCAGUUCUGAGGAGGAAUCGGCCUGGAACCAAGGCGAAGGAUUUCUACAACUGGCCAGAUGAAUCCUUUGAAGAGAUGGACAGCACGCUGGCUGUACAACAGUACAUUCAGCAGAACAUCCGGUCAGACUGCUCCGGUAUCGAUAAGAUCCUGGAGCCACCAGAGGGACAGGACGAAGGGGUGUGGAAGUACGAGCACCUCCGGCAAUUUUGUCUGGAGCUUAAUGGACUCGCUGUGAAACUGCAGAGCGAGUGCCACCCAGACACCUGCACCCAGAUGACAGCCACAGAACAGUGGAUAUUCCUGUGUGCGGCACACAAGACCCCCAAAGAGUGCCCUGCCAUUGACUACACCAGGCACACGCUGGACGGAGCUGCCUGCCUUCUCAACAGCAACAAGUAUUUCCCCAGCCGUGUGAGCAUCAAGGAGUCCUCAGUGGCCAAGCUGGGUUCUGUGUGUCGCCGGAUCUAUAGGAUAUUCUCCCAUGCUUACUUCCACCAUCGGCAGAUAUUUGACAAGUAUGAGAACGAGACCUUUCUGUGCCAUCGGUUCACGCGCUUCGUGAUGAAGUACAACCUGAUGUCUAAGGACAACCUGAUUGUUCCUAUCCUGGAGGAGGAGGUCCAGAACACCUCAGCUGGGGAGAGCGAGGCCUGAGAGGAGAGCUGCACACAGGAGACCAGAUGUGAGUUCAAUUACUAGUAUUCAAAUACUGCUUGAUUGAGCUUGCCUGUUGCAAUGAAACCAAUGAGAGUCCCACAAGGCAAAUCCCACCCACCUGGUACUCCAGGCAGGCUAAAGCAAACACAAAGUAUUUGAGAUAGUAUUUGAACCCAUGUCUGAUGCAGCUACACACUAGCCAGACCCACUACUCUGUGGGGAAUGUUAAUUGAACCUUUUGAGCAGCUAGAUUUACAAAACAUACAUUUAACCAUAAUGUGUUGAUGGCAAAGGCACACCCUUAUGGGCUCCCUGUAUAUAACCCCUGCUGUCCCACCCCCCACUAUCAUGUGUUUGCUGGUGCUUUGCUUUCUCCGCGUUGCUUUUGUUCUCUCUCAUUGAAUUCCAAAUAGACUCCUUGCCACUCCUGUAGAUCUGAGGCUUGGAUAGCUGGAAGAAUAUGCAGACAUUUCCAGGAAACCCAUUUGGAGGCAAGAUGAAGCUAUGACCAUAAUGCUAAGGUUUAGAGAGGCUAGGGGUCCAUUUGUGGUUCAGAAGCCCUCUAUGCUUGUGUUGCUCUGAGUACACACCGCUCUCAUCAUUAAGUUAUUUUGUGGGAGGAGUCUUGUCUAUCCGCCCCACUUUUUAUUUUCCUUUAAAUAAUUACAUUUUGUUACUGUCGACAUUUGUCUUAAUAAAAAAAUACCAUUA